GUUUUUAUUCUGCGACUUUUUAGUCAUUUGAGUUGUUAUUUUCCCAAAAUAAUUAAUAAAAUUUCUGGAAUUCGAAAUAUUGAAUUGAAUUUCUGCAAACUCCACAUCCUUCUCAGAAGAGUAGAUCAGAUCAAAAGGUUGUUGUUGUACCCGAUCUCGGAAUCGAGAUUUGAAUCGUGAAUAAUCUGCUCACAACGUUUAUUGCGCCGUCGCCUUCUCUUCUUCACUCCGACGAAGAUGAACGGCGGUCCCUCCGGUUUCCAUAAUGCUCCGGUGACGAAAGCCUUCGUGAUCACGAGCGCUCUUUUCACCGUCUUCUUCGGGAUCCAGGGCCGUUCGUCCAAGCUCGGUUUGUCUUACCAGGAUAUUUUUGAGAAGUUUCGAGUAUGGAAGCUAAUCAUGUCGAAUUUUGCGUUCUCCUCUACACCAGAAUUGAUGUUUGGAUUGUAUUUGUUAUCCUACUUUCGAGUUUUUGAGAGACAGAUUGGCUCAAACAAGUACUCGGUGUUUAUCUUGUUCUCGGGAGCUUUAUCUCUACUACUAGAGGUCGUAUUGUUAUCACUGCUUAAAGAUACCACAGAAAAUUUACUGACCUCUGGACCAUACGGCCUGAUAUUUGCUUCGUUUAUACCCUUCUACUUGGACAUCCCAGUUUCAACAAGGUUUCGUGUAUUUGGUGUCAACUUCUCCGAUAAGUCAUUCAUAUAUCUUGCAGGAGUCCAGCUUUUAUUAUCUUCUUGGAAAAGAUCCAUCUUUCCUGGAGUUUGCGGCAUAAUUGCUGGUUCCUUGUAUCGUUUGAACAUCCUCGGCAUCCGAAAGGCCAAGUUCCCCGAGUUUGUUGCUUCGUUCUUUUCCCGGCUCUCUUUGCCUUCCUUCAGUAGCUCUUCUCCUCCAGCACCAAGCAGGAACAUCGUUGGGACUAUAUCACCCAACACAGUUCGCCGAGCAGAGAGAUCCCAGCCACCUCCAAUGGUGUCAAGUGUGGAGCCAUCUGAAGAAGCCAUAACUACAUUGGUAUCAAUGGGUUUCGACAGAAACGCAGCAAGACAGGCGCUUCUGCACGCCAGAAAUGAUGUCAACGCCGCCACAAACAUCCUUCUUGAAGCACAAUCUCACUAAUUCAAAAAGACGUUUCUCAUGAAUAGGAAAGAUAUCAGAAACUUUAUUUGCCAAACAACAUAACAGACGAGUUCCUAUAUUGCUGUUGGACCAACCUUGGAGCCAACAUGUGUCACUGUAUAUGAUGGGAUUAAAGACUUUACCAACUUUCUCUCUUUCCAUUUCUAGUUUUAGGAUGAGUUGCAUAGGUUUGUGUAGCACAGAUUUGCUGGUUAAGAGAAACACACUUCAAGAAGUUUUAUCUGUUUGAAACUUGGAAAAACAUUACAGGUGUUAUUACAUUACAUCUGUUCUUAUACAACACACUAACCAAAAUCUCGCUAAAAUUCGACGAGUUAGCCA